AAAAUUGUGGUUGCCAAGGAACGCUUCUCAAAAGCCUACCGCCACCCCGUCUUGGAUGAGCGGUUAACGAAACAGCGAUGUCGAGCCGAAGCGCGCAUUCUCGAAAAGUGCCAAAUCAAAGCGAAGCUCGAUGUACCAAGUGUCAUUAGAAUGGAAGCACCAGUUUUGUACCUGGAAUGGAUUGAAGGGAUCACUGUUCGGGAUUUCAUUGAAUCCAUGCUGUCGGAAGAAACGGAUUCGUCGCGCAAAGCCUGCAAAUAUAAAACACUGCUGAGCGUCGCAAAGCAAAUUGGAACAAUCAUAGGUACAUUGCACUCUUUCGGUAUGGUACACGGCGAUUUGACAACCUCCAACAUGAUGAUACGUCAAAGAACAGGUAUUCGUCUAGUGUUAAUUGAUUUUGGACUCUCGAAGAAUACCGAGUCUGCGGAAGAGAGAGCCGUGGACCUGUACGUUCUGGAACGAGCGUUGACGUCCACACAUCCGUCGCUGCCGGAAGGUUUUUACGAAGAAACGCUACUUUCGAGCUAUGCAGAAACUGCUGGCACAAAGCACGAGGCAACCUUGACCCGUCUCGAACAGGUCCGACAGCGCGGUAGAAAACGAGAGUGCUUCGGAUAG